AUGAGUCUCACGGAUAAUGUAUACACGAGGUUUCUUUCAACUAUCGUUUCUAACUUAAAGGAAAAACUUGGAAAAAUGAAGCACGCGGAUUGGCUCCAGGCCUAUGUCUCACACGGCAAGAUGAGUGCUAUAGUGAACGCAGCUGCUGAUGUGCUGUCCGGAACUGCUAUUGCUGCUGCAACUGGCUCACAGGUAGCUUGGUUCGUUCCGAUGCUUGUAGCCGCGAUAGCGUACUACCAAUACGACCGGACAGAUCCGGAGGGUCGUCCUACAGAUGUCAGCGAUGAGAUACUACCGGAAUACGACUUCAUUAUAGUAGGGGCUGGCUCAGCUGGAGCUGUUUUAGCGAAUCGACUCUCAGAAAUCGGUUACUGGAAGAUACUGCUGCUAGAAGCAGGGGGACAUGAAACAGAGAUAUCCGAUGUGCCCCUACUGGCAGGAUACUUACAACUGAGUAAACUAGACUGGCAAUACAAAACCGAACCCCAAGGAACUAGUUGUUUAGCAAUGGAAGGGGGACGCUGCAACUGGCCUCGUGGUAAAGUCCUGGGUGGCAGUUCCGUUUUGAACUACAUGCUCUAUCUUCGAGGUAAUGGAAGAGAUUAUGACACAUGGGAGGCGCUAGGCAACAAAGGAUGGGGUUAUAAGGACGUGCUUCAUUACUUCAAGAAAUCAGAAGAUAACAAGAAUCCGUAUUUAGCUCAAACACCUUAUCACAGUACCGGUGGAUACCUUACGGUUGCAGAAGCCCCUUACCAAACGCCACUAGUGUCGAGUUUCAUUGAAGGUGGAUUAGAAUUAGGGUACAUGAACCGAGACAUCAACGGCGAAAACCAGACAGGCUUUAUGGUAGCCCAAGGCACUGUCAGACGAGGCAGCCGUUGUUCUACUUCAAAGGCUUUUCUAAGAUCCGCUAAAGAUCGCCAAAACUUACACAUAUCUAUGCACUCUCACGUUACUAAAGUUCUAAUAGAUCCACGCACGAAAAUAGCAUUUGGUGUUGAAUUUAUACGCGAUAAGAUGGUACACCGCAUCAGAGCACGAAAAGAGGUAAUACUUUCCGCUGGUACCAUUAAUUCCGCUCAAAUUUUAAUGUUAUCUGGCAUCGGUCCAAGUGAAGAACUAGCAAAGCAUCGGAUACCUGUUAUCCAGAAUCUAAAGGUUGGCAGUAAUUUGCAAGAUCAUAUUGGCUUGGGCGGUUUAGCCUUCAUGGUAAACAAAGAAAUUUCAAUUGUCGAACACCGCUUACACACAGUUAGCACUUUGAUGGAGUACGCAGUGCUCGGUGAAGGUCCUUUGACAAUUAUGGGUGGAGUCGAGGGUCUAGCAUUCGUGAAUACGAAAUACGCAAAUGCUUCAGACGAUUUUCCUGACAUUGAAUUCCACUUCAUAUCCGGUUCAACAAAUUCCGACGGCGGUGAACAAAUACGUAAAGCACACGGACUGAUGGAGAAUUUCUAUGAUGCCGUUUUUAGACCGAUUAACAAUAUGGAUGUUUGGAGUAUCAUUCCUAUGUUGCUACGUCCAAGAAGCAAAGGUUUUAUACGGUUACGCAGCGCAAACCCAUACGAUUAUCCAUACAUUUAUCCAAAUUAUUUGAUGGACGAAAUGGAUGUUAAGACGCUUGUUGAAGGCGUUAAAAUCGCUAUAGCAUUGUCUAGAACACAAGCUUUCCAACAACAUGGUUCCGUUUUGAAUAAACACGUCUUUCCUGCGUGUGUUAGUAUUAAGAGGUACACAGAUGCGUAUUGGGAAUGCAUGAUAAGGCAGUAUACGUGCACAAUUUACCAUCCAGUCGGCACAGCGAAAAUGGGACCCUACUGGGAUCCAGAUGCAGUCGUUGACCCCGAACUGAGAGUGUACGGAAUCAAAGGCCUUAGGGUAAUCGAUGGUAGCAUAAUGCCUAAUUUGGUUAGUGGAAAUACUAAUGCACCAAUUAUUAUGAUUGGCGAAAAAGGCAGUGAUAUGAUCAAAGAGUUCUGGUUAAACCGGCGAAUGUCAAGAUAUUACAUAUAAAGCGAUGGACAAAAUUAAAAAAAAAACAGUAUUAGUAGACUUAAUUUGUAAAUAUUAUUCGGCUUAAGAUAUUUAUUAAGUAUUUAUUUUACGUUU